ACAAAGAACAGGGGUUUGUGUUGAUUCCGGUGAACUUCACUCUAAAAACCAGAAGAUUGUAAGUUAAGCCCUAAAAGCUUAAAAUCCAUCAAUAGAUAUUCUCCAUUCCCGCCCUCUUCGCCCCCGCCAAUCUCGUCUUGUCCGUUCUCCGUUUCCAUGACGAAUACCUUCGCAGCUGCCAACACAGAGGUAUCACGCUCAGUUGCUGCUUCUAUCGGACUUUCUUUUGCUGAACCCGUCGCCGCAAGGCCUCAAUCGAGUGUACGCCCCUUCCCCUGCUUCUCCGAGAAUCAUUGGCGGCUCUCUGUGUCUGUGCCGGGAAGAGUGCGCCGCGUAUUAGCGAUGUCGAAGAAGGAUUCGGAUGGGGAUCUUGGCCUGACGUAUAAGGAUGCGGGUGUUGAUAUAGAAGCUGGGACUGAGCUUGUUAGGAGAAUUGCCAAGAUGGCUCCUGGAAUUGGUGGUUUCGGUGGCCUCUUUCCUCUCGGUGAUUCUUACCUUGUUGCGGGCACGGAUGGUGUUGGAACUAAACUCAAGCUAGCAUUUGAAACUGGAAUCCAUGAAACCAUUGGGAUUGAUUUGGUUGCUAUGAGUGUUAAUGACAUUGUUACUUCAGGAGCAAAGCCAUUAUUUUUUCUUGAUUACUUUGCAACAAGUCACCUAGAUGUUGACCUUGCGGAAAAGGUUAUCAAAGGCAUUGUUGAUGGUUGCCAACAAUCUAAUUGUGCUCUUUUGGGUGGAGAGACUGCAGAGAUGCCAGAUUUUUAUAAAGAUGGCGAGUAUGAUCUUAGUGGCUUUGCAGUUGGUAUUGUUAAGAAGGAUUCAGUUAUUGAUGGAAGAAACAUUGUCACGGGAGAUGUUCUGAUUGGCCUACCAUCUAGUGGAGUACAUUCAAAUGGCUUCUCUCUAGUAAGAAGGGUUUUGGCUCAAAGUGGCCUUUCUUUAAAGGACCAACUUCCUGGUGAAACGAUUAAAUUAGGUGAAGCUUUGAUGGCCCCAACAGUUAUAUAUGUUAAGCAGGUGCUAGACUUAAUUAGUAAAGGAGGGGUGAAGGGGAUAGCACACAUCACAGGUGGUGGUUUUACAGACAAUAUUCCUCGAGUCUUUCCAAAAGGUCUUGGUGCUGUCAUUUACAAAGAUUCUUGGGAAGUCCCACCUGUAUUCAAAUGGAUACAACAGGCCGGAAGAAUUGAAGAUGCAGAGAUGAGACGGACUUUUAACAUGGGCAUUGGCAUGGUCCUUAUUGUCAAUCAAGAAGUAUCUGAUAGAAUACUGAAGGAGGCAAAUGCUGCAUACACAGCAUAUCGCAUUGGUGAGAUUAUGGGUGAGGAAGGAGUUAAGUAUCUAUGAAAUCUCUCCUUGGUAGAAACAUUUAUUUUCCUAUAGGUUGGAAUGAGAUAAACAGUUGCGGCUUUCUUAACUUAUCUUAACACAUGUAUGUGAAGUUAUGGAUAUGGCAACUUAUUCUAGGUUCAAACCACUUAAAAUAAAGGUGACCUCAAUUGCUCCCUUUGUUCUAGUUGUUUGUUCUUCAAAAGCAUCAUUAAGAAAACUGGAGCCAAUUUGUUGAACUUUUUAUUUCGAGCUAAGCAACUUUAGUCAACAUUUUCCAUGAUUUUACUAAAGCUUGAAGAAGAAA